AUGCGUCUCUGGAGUUCAACUGACUGCAUUUGCUUUGCCACGGUGGGAUCCAACGACCCCGUGACCUCUGCACUGCACAUCAUCGUGGGUGACUCUCAGCCCAUGGACGUGUGCUCGGUUCACCACAACAGCUCGUUCCUGCGCUACUCCGUCUCCCUGCUGGGCUACGGUUUCUAUGGCGACGUGCUGACUGACAGUGAGAGGAAGAGAUGGAUGGGACCAGCCAGAUAUGAUUUCUCAGGUUUGAAAACGUUCCUGACUCAUCAUCAUUAUGAAGGAACAGUGUCCUACCUGCCGGCCAGAGGCAUCAUGGGAACUCCCAGAGACGCUGCCAGGUGUCGAACUAACUGUGUGGUUUGUCAGCACAACGGACAGAAGGCGUCACAAAGAGCUGGGAAGUACGAGACGGACGAGACGUCAGACUGUGACAACGAUGGGGAGUGGAGGACGGUCCGAGGGAAGUUUCUGGCGAUAAACGCAGCCAGCAUGAGCUGUGCGUGUCCCCGCAGCCCCAAAGGUCUCUCACCUGCUGCUCACCUGGCUGACGGCACCACCGAUCUCAUCCUGGUUCGAAAGUGUUCCCGCUUCAACUUCCUCAGGCACCUCCUCCGUCACACCAACAAAAACGACCAGUUUGACCUCAACUUCGUCGAGGUCCACCGCGUGGUGCGUUUCCGCUUCACGCCACGUCACUGCCAGAGCGACUCGGACCUGGAGCUGGACCUGCUGGAGAACGGCAAGAGGCAGAUUUUUAGUCAGAUCUGCCGAGACCACCCGGCUUGUGGCUGCGCUCCCGCCUACAGCAGCUGGAACUGCGAUGGCGAGAUCCUGACCCACACAGCCAUCGACGUCAGAGUGCACUGCCAGUUGAUCAAGCUGUUUGCUCGAGGAAUUGAAGAACCCCAAGUGUUCGAGGAUUUCAGUAACCCCUGUGCAAUAUGA